AUGCGCUUCACCAUCGCCACUCUUCUCGCCUUCGCCGCCACGGGCGUCUACAGUGCUGCCACCAAUAUCGACCUCUUCACCGAUUCGAGCUGCGGCAACUAUGAGACCACGGUCCAAACCGAUGAGAGCGAUGGAUCGUGCCAGCAGCUCCCCGGGAUUCUAAGCGUCCGAUCCACGAGCGUCCGGGCUGGAUGCUCCGUUACUGUCUAUGGUGAUUCCAGCUGCAGUGUGGGCGCUUUCGAGGCUGGUUUGGGGGCUUGCCUUCAGGACCCGAGCGGAUGGUUUUCGUACUCUGUUGACUGCUGA